CUCCCUAACGGUCUUCGGAAGCUAAACAAUGUAAACAGUCCCUGAUGAACACAAGACACAGAGAAAGUUUUUCCGUCUGUAAGUGUGGAACUAGUUUUGUGACCGACAAUAUGAAAGGCUCUGAGGUUAGCCUGCAGAAGAAAAAAAGUGUUAAGAUGCCAGCAAAGAGACUUCGUGAGGUAGUUUCUCAAAAUCAUGAAGAUCAUUUGGUUUUGCUGAAAGAUAAGUUGCCCUGUGUUCCUCCGGCAUUGUCUGAAAAUAAACGUCUUCCUGUUGGAACGGGGACUAGAGUGAAUGGAACAUCACGUGGUUCAUCAGAUUUAACUUCUGCUGGAAAUUGUUACCAGUCUCUAUUAGAAAAUCCCAUGGUGUCAGAAAGUAAUUUUUCUAAAGAUGUUGCAGUGCAAGUGUUGCCUUUGGAUAAAAUAGAAGAGAACAACAAACAAAAAGAAAAUGACCUCUUCAUUUGUCAGUAUACAAUGGGACAGAAAGAUGCUCUAAGAACAGUUUUAAAGCAAAAAGCUCAAAGCAUGCCUGUUUUUAAGGAAGUAAAGGUACAUCUAUUAGAAGAUGCAGACAUAGAGAAGGAUGCUGUUACUCAGGAGACUAGAAUUUCACCCAGUGGAAUUGAUUCAGCUACAACUGUGGCUGCAGCAACUGCUGCUGCCAUUGCAACCGCAGCUCCAUUGAUAAAGGUGCAGAGUGAUUUGGAAGCAAAAGUCAAUUCUGUUACAGAAUUACUUAGUAAGUUACAGGAGACUGAUAAACACCUACAACGUGUUACAGAGCAGCAAACAAGCAUUCAGAGUAAACAAGAGAAACUACACUGUCAUGAUCAUGAAAAGCAGAUGAACGUGUUCAUGGAGCAGCACAUAAGAAAUCUUGAAAAAUUACAACAACAACAAAUAGAUAUUCAGACUCAUUUUAUUAGUGCUGCACUCAAGACUAGUAGUUUUCAACCUGUUAGUGUGCCCUCCUCCAGAGCAGUGGAAAAGUAUUUUGUAAAACCAGAACACCCUAAUCUUGGUAGCUGUAAUCCGUCUUCAUAUAACACAUUUGCUUCCAGACAAGCACCUUUAAAAGAAACUGAAGAUAUGAGUUUUGACAAACAGAAAUCUCCUUUGGAGACACCAGCACCUCGCAGAUUUGCUCCUAUACCUGUUUCAAGAAAUGAUGAACUAUCAAAGAGGGAAAAUCUUUUGGAAGAAAAAGAAAAUAUGGAAGUAUCAUGUCACAGAGGAAAUGUAGGACUAUUGGAACAAAUUUUGAAUAAUAAUGAUUCUUUGUCAAGAAAAAGUGAAUCAUCAAACACCACCUCACUAACUAGGUCAAAAAUAGGAUGGAAUCUUGAGAAAACAGACAGCAUUGAAACGCUACCUUCUGAAAGAUUUCCUUCCUAUGAAGAGCUAGGAACAGCUAAAGUGACUGUGCAGAAGUCUGAUGAUGUUCUUCAUGACCUUGGCCAAAAGAAGAAAGAAACAGAUGGCAUGGUUCAGCCAAAAGAAUCUCUGAGUAUGUUGAAGCUUGCAGAUCUUCCACAGAAUUCUGUUAAGCCUCAAACAAGCAAUACAACAAAAUCUGUGUUGAAAGAUGCUGAGAAGAUUUUGAGAGGAGUACAGAACAAUAAAAAAGUACUUGAAGAAAACCUGGAAGCUAUUAUUCGUGCAAAAGAUGGAGCUGCCAUGUAUUCACUUAUCAAUGCUUUAUCUACCAACAGAGAGAUGUCAGAGAAAAUUAGGAUCAGAAGGACAGUGGAUGAGUGGAUUAAAACUAUUUCUGCAGAAAUUCAGGAUGAACUGUCAAGAACAGAUUAUGAACAAAAAAGAUUUGAUCAGAAGUAUCAGAGGACCAAGAAAGCUCACAAUAUGACUAAAGAUAUUAGAACCAACACACAAGAUAAAACUGUAAACAAAUCUGUAAUUCCAAGAAAACAUUCUCAAAAGCAAGUCGAAGAGCAUUUUAGAAAUCUACCUAUAAGGGGCAUGCCUCCUGCAAGUAUACAGAAAGAGAGAAAAGAAGGGCUUUUGAAAGCAUCCACAGUAAUUCAAGAUGAAGAUUAUAUGUUACAAGUCUAUGGAAAGCCAGUUUAUCAGGGCCAUCGAAGCACUCUUAAAAAAGGACCAUAUCUCAGAUUUAAUUCUCCAUCUCCUAAGUCCAAACCACAGAGACCAAAAGUAAUAGAACGAGUUAAAGGCACUAAGGUAAAGUCAAUAAGAACACAGACUGACUUCUAUGCAACGAAACCUAUAAAGAUGGAUUCCAAAAUGAAACAUUCCAUUCCUAUGUUACCUCAUGGCGAUCAGCAGUAUUUAUUCAGCCCAAGUAGAGAAAUGCCUACUUUUUCAGGUACACUGGAAGGUCAUCUGAUUCCUAUUGCAAUUCUUUUAGGACAAACCCAAAGUAAUAGUGAUUCUGUGCCACCUGCUGGAGUGAUUGUCAGCAAGCCACACCCUGUAACUGUGACUACUUCUAUUCCUCCAUCAUCUCAAAGAGUAGAAACUGGAGUAAAGAAACCUAACAUAGCUGUUGUAGAAAUAAAGUCAGAAAAAAAGGAUCCUCCUCGGCUUACUGUACAGGUAUUGCCCAGUGUAGAUAUCGACAGCAUUUCAAAUGGUAGUGCUGAUGCCAGUUCACCUCUGCCUAGUCCCAAGGAAGCAUCUCUUCCUCCUGUGCAGACUUGGAUAAAGACUCCAGAAAUUGUGAAGAUAGAUGAAGAAGAGGUGAAGUUUCCAGGAAAUAACUUUGAUGAAAUAAUUGAUGUCAUACAGGAAGAAGAAAAAUGUGAUGAAAUUCCAGACUCUGAACCAAUUCUGGAGUUUAACAGAAGCAUUAAACCUGAUUCUACAAAAUAUAAUGGUCCUCCAUUUCCGCCAGUUGCUUCUACUUUUCAGCCCACGGCUGAUAUUCUGGAUAAAGUAAUUGAGAGAAAAGAGACAUUGGAAAAUAGCUUAAUUCAAUGGGUAGAGCAAGAAAUAAUGUCAAGAAUUAUCUCUGGGCUCUUUCCAGUCCAGCAACAGAUUGCCCCUAAUAUCAGUGUGUCAGUCAGUGAGACAAGUGAACCACUGACUUCUGACAUUGUGGAAGGAACAAGCAGCGGUGCCCUCCAGCUUUUUGUUGAUGCUGGUGUUCCUGUGAACUCAGACAUGAUUAACCAUUUUGUGAACGAAGCUCUUGCUGAGACCAUUGCUGUUAUGCUGGGUGACAGAGAACCAAAGAAGCAAGGUCCUGUUGCUGCAAGUGUUUCUGGGGGUGCUUCAACAAAUGAAACGUAUUUGCCGGCAAGAAUGCGUACCCCAUUGGCUACCCCACAGCCUACGCCUCCUCCCUCACCUUCAUCAUCUCCUAAGGAGUGUGUUUUGGUAAAGACUCCAGAUUCUUCUCCCUGUGAUUCGGAUCAUGAUAUGGCUUUUCCUGUGAAAAAAGUAUUAGCUGAAAAAGGAGAUGAUAUGCCUGCCAUCAUGCUUGUUAAUACUCCAGUGGUUACCCCCACUACUACACCUCCUCCAGCAGCAGUUUUUACUCCAACUUGGUCGGAGAUUUCCAUUGAUAAAUUGAAGGUAUCAAGCCCAGAGCUUCCCAAGCCGUGGGGUGAUGGAGACCUGCCACUGGAAGAAGAAAACCCUAACUCUCCUCAAGAAGAACUUCAUCCGAGAGCUAUUGUAAUGUCUGUGGCUAAGGAUGAAGAACCAGAGAGUAUGGAUUUCCCUGCUCAGCCUCUACCUCCAGAGCCAGUUCCCUUUAUGCCAUUUCCUGCUGCCACCAAGGCCCCUUCCCCCUCACAGAUGCCAGGUUCUGAUUCAUCAACGCUGGAGAGCAUAUUGAGUGUUACAGUCACUGAAACUGAAACUUUAGAUAAACCCAUCUCUGAAGGAGAGAUUUUAUUUAGCUGUGGUCAAAAAUUGGCCCCCAAGAUUUUAGAAGAUGUAGGACUGUAUCUGACAAACCUUAAUGAUAGCUUAUCCAGCACUCUGCAUGAUGCCGCUGAAAUGGAGGAUGAUCCUCCUAGUGAAGGGCAAGUGAUUAGGAUGCCCCAUAAAAAAUUUCAUGCAGAUGCAAUUCUUUCUCUUCUUGCUAAACAAAACCAGGAGUCAGCAGUUUUACAGCAAGCAGUCUAUCAUUCAGAGGACUUGGAAAAGAGUGUGGGUGAACUUAGCGAAGGACAGAGACCCCAGCUAACAGCAGCAGCAGAGAACAUCUUAAUGGGACAUUCUCUCUGUAUGAAGCCACCUGUCACUAAUGCAGAGUCUUUGGAUCAACAAUGUGAUCCUCAAACAUUACCUCAGCAAUUUGGCACAGUUUCAGGUGGUAUUUAUGAAGAUUCAUAUGCUAGUCAUGGUCCAAUGAGUUUGGGAGAAUUGGAGUUGGAGCCAAAUUCUAACCUUGUUCUUCCCACAACACUUCUGACAGCACGAGAAAAUGAUGUUAAUUUACUAGUAGCUGCUGAAGAAUUUUCUCAGUAUCCACAAAAGCAAAAGCAAAAUGUUAAGCAAGUUGAACACAAACCAGAACAAAGUUACCUACGCAUUAGAAAUAAAUGUGAUAUUGCACCUUCACAGCAACAAGGAUGAGGAAAUUGGAAAGAAUGUCACUUUCACCCUAAAUAUAAUAAAAUGUCAGAUAAACUAAAGAAUCAUAACAUUUCUUGAACUCAUCAGAGAGCUUCUGAUGCAGAGCAACUAAGUAGCCUAAAGUCCAAGAAAAUGCAGACUCCUCCAAAAAGAGAUGAGACACAAGCACUGUCUCACUUGUGAUAGAGCACAGUCUCAGGAAGAAACACCAGGCACCAAUCAAGCAGAUAAGAAGUAUUUGGCUAAACUUUUUAGGUGGGUUGCUAAAGGCCAAGUAUAGAACCAUUGGUAGUCACAUAUACAAGCGGAGUUCACAUGCACUUCUAGGCUUCUUCUGCACAGGCCUCUAAAGAAAGAUUUGGGAAAAGGCAGAGGUUCUCCUUCACUGGUGCAGGCCUGAAUGAAGGGAGUGACUGUCACUGCCAGAAAGACAGGAUGCCCCACUUUGACACUUCUCCUGUAAGAACAAAAGCCUCAAGUCACUGAGGAAGGGGCAGCACAUUUGUUAUUUCCAGGGUAUAGGUGAAAACCUAUUGUGGCUGGGUAAAGGAUAAAGGAAAAAAAAGAAUCCACUCCUCGGGGAGAAGAAGAAAAUAGUCUUGGUCCCACAAUCUUUUAUCAGCACUAUUAGAAGUUUUUUAUUGUUGGGAGAGUGGUUGGAAACAGUCCUGAACAAAACUUGCCAAAGGGACAAGGCAGAAUUUAAAAUGUCAGUUUUCUCCAAAUUGAUCUAUAGAUUCAGUGCAAUCUCAAAAAAAUUCCAGCAGGGAGUUUUAGGUAGAAGUUGACAAGCGGAAUCUAAAACCCAUAAGAAAAUGCAGAGGACCUAGAAUAGCGAAAAUAACUUGAAAAGAAAAGUAAAGUUGGAAGAUGAUACUGUAUAACUCUAAUACUUAUUAUAAAGCUACAGUAAUCAAGACAGUGGGGUAUUGGCAUAAAUAUCAAUGGGAUAGAAUAGAGAAUUCAAAAAAAGUCCACACAUUUAUGAUGAGUUGAUAAAUUGAGUUCUACAAAUGGGAAAGACAAUUCAAUGGAUAAAGGAUAAUCUUUUCAACAAAUGAUGUUUCGACAGAGCUCAUCUCUAUAUAGAAAAAUGAACCUCAAUCUAUAUUUCACAAACAUAUACAAAAAUGAGCUCAAAAUGGAUCAUAAAUCUAAAUGUAAAGCCUAAAUGUUAUAGAAGAAAAUAUAGGAGAAAAUCAUUGUGACCUUUGGCUGGGCAAACAUUUGUAAGAUAUUGCAGAAACUUGAUAAUUGGAUUUCAUCAAAAUAAAAAUUUCUGUUCUUCAAAAGACAGCAUUAAGAGUGAAAAUGGACAAACCACAGACUGGAAGAAAAUAUUUUCAAAUUUGCUUUCUAAUGUAGUUAUGUCCAGAAUAUAUUUUUAGACCUUACAAAACUCAACAGUAGAAAAACAAACCCAAUUUUUAAAAUAGAUAAAAGAUUUGAACAGAUACUUCACCAGAAAAAGAUAUUUAGAUGGCAAAUAAGCACAUGGAAAAUUGUUCAACAUUAUUAGUAAUUGGAAAGAUGCAAAUUAAAAAUUAGAUACCACUGAAUACCCAUUAGGUUGACCAAAAUCAAGGAAACUGAUACUGCCAUGUAUUGGUGAGGAUGUAGAUAAAUUCUAACGCUGAUACAUUGCUGGUGGGAAUGCAGAAUGUAACAUACACCUUGGAAAACCGUUUGACAGUUUCUUAUAAAAUUAAACACAAAUUUAUCAUAUGACUCAGCAGAAUAUUUUCUAUGUAUUCACUCAAGAGAAAUGAAGACUUACUUUCACACAAAACCAGUACUCAAAAAUUUUUUAGCAGUUUCAUUUAUAAUUACCCAAAACUGGAAUCAACCAAAAUGUCAUUCAACAAGUAAAUGAAUAAACAAUCUAUGUGGUACAUCCAUACAGUGAAAUAGUUCUCAGCAAUGAAAAGACAUGAACUACUGAUACACACACAGCAGCACAGAUGAAUCUCAAUUGUAUUAUAUGUAGUGAAAGAAGUUAAAUUUAAAAGGCUGCAUACUGUAUGGUUCCAUUUAUGUGACAUUUUGGAAAGGGCAAAACUAUAGAUAUGGAGAACAGGUCAGUGGUUGCCUCAAAGCAGAGUUUGACAACAAAUGACAAGAAGAAACUUUUUUCCAUUUGGAUGGAAAUAUUCUAUAUUGUAAUUAGGGUAGUGUCUAUACAACUAUGAAUUUUUCAAUGGUUAAUCUUGUUAUAACUUUAUACUUCAGUAAAAUAAUGUACAUAUUACUGAGUUUGUGACACUUCUUUUGCUUAUUAUAAAUUUUCUUUUUUUUUUUUUUUUUAAGUAGAGUCAGGGUUUCACUAUGUUGGCCAGGCUGGUCUCGAACUCCUGACCUCAUGAUCUGCCCACCUUGGCCUCCUAAAUUGCGGGGAUUACAGGCAUGAGCCACUGAGCCUGGCCACUUAUUAUGAAUUUUCUUAAUUAGCUUGUACUAAAAGCUUAUCAUUUUGGAAGGUAUAAAAAGUUUUGU